CCGCGCGGAACGCGGACUGAUGUUUCACGUUCCGCCGUUCCGGCCAGCAGCUGCAACUGUCAGCUGUUCAAUAUGGAACGAUAGCGAAGUGUAGUCACUUGUAGGAGUCGGUAGUCGUUGGAUCCUGUCGGAUAUCGUCAAGUCAGCCAGAGCCGAGAACACAGCCAGGCAACUACAGCUGGAGAGAGAGCGGACCCUCUCGCACCUAGCGCGCGCACGAAGUGGGCCGCGAGCGGGACGGACGGGGUAAAACGGGGGUGACGGUGAGAUAGAGGCGGACGGUGGUGAGAGCGAGCGCGCGAGGAGUAAUCGCGCUGCCGCGAGCGCUCUCGAGCCGUGAGAGCCCGCGAGAGGAGAAAAAGAGAGAGUGUCCCCGGAGAGCGUGUCUCGCGCGCGCGCACGCACGCGCCGCCACACGCACACGUGCCCACGAUUUUUAUGCGAGAUCCCGCGCGAGAUCAACCUGGAUGUAUUAACGCAAGGGCUGAGGUACGGCAUAUCAGGACUCAUGAACCUCGCAACCAACCAGACGUCCGACACGACGUCCGACGCGCAGAGCAAUGGUCCCUACUUCGUUAACUUCAAUCAGGACUGCACGUCCUUGGCUGUGGGAUCAAAAUCAGGAUAUAAACUUUAUUCCAUCAGCUCUACUGGACAUCUUGAGAAGAUAUAUGAAAAUGAUGAUGCAGAUUUUGAAGAUAUAUGCAUCGUUGAACGACUGUUCAGUAGCAGUUUAGUGGCGAUUGUUAGUCUUAAAUCCCCACGUACGCUUACAGUGUGCCACUUUAGGAAAGGCACAGAAAUAUGCAAUUACAGUUACUCAAAUACAAUUUUGGCUGUGAAACUCAACAGAGCAAGACUGGUGGUAUGUCUGGAAGAAUCGCUAUACAUUCAUAAUAUACGAGAUAUGAGAGUGUUGCACACAAUUCGUGACACUCCACCUAAUCUUACGGGCCUUUGUACACUUUCGCCAAAUAGUGACAAUUGUUACGUAGCUUACCCUGGUUCGAACACGAUCGGGGAAGUUCAGAUAUUUGAUGCAAACCAUUUGCAAGCCAAAACAAUGAUACCUGCACAUGAUAGUCCCUUGGCAGCAAUCGCUUUCAGUUCGACUGGCACCAAAGUGGCAACAGCCUCUGAAAAAGGCACUGUGAUUAGAGUCUUUGAUGUUCACGAGGGUACAAAGUUAUUCGAGUUUCGACGCGGAGUUAAGAGAUGCGUCACGAUAAACAGUCUUUCUUUCAGUAUGGACUCUAUGUGGCUCUGUUGUUCUAGUAAUACGGAAACUGUGCAUAUAUUCAAAUUGGAGGAACCAAAGGAAACACCAAACAAACAAACUGCAGAAGAAGCACAAAGCUGGAUGGGAUAUUUGACGAAGGCUGUGACAGCGUCGGCCACAUAUUUGCCGUCGCAAGUGACUGAUGUUUUUACUCAAGGACGUGCUUUCGCAAGCGUCCACUUACCGUUUCAAGGUUUAAAAAAUGUCUGUGCCAUCACUGUAACACAUAAAGUACCAAAAUUGUUAGUAGCUAGUGCUGAUGGUUACUUAUACGUCUAUUCCGUGGAUCCAACAGAAAGUGGAUGUUGCACUCUUAUAAAACAACACAGAUUAGACGAUAAAGAACGAGACGAAUCAGAUUGUGGUGGUUCUGGUUCGGGAGCAACUGCUACCACAAAUAAUACAAAUACAGCCUGCAUAAAUAGCUACGCGGGUGUGUUGCGUGGCCGCUCGCCAGACUCCAUGUCAGAAUCAGAGAAGUAUCAAGAGAUGAUAGCGGCAACGGAAAGCCCACCGAAAGGCGGCGGCCCGUUUCGUCUGGACGAUGAUACCGAAUUCCCACCUGUCACGCAAAGGACAGACUGAGCAUAACACACAUAUAACUAAGGCAUAUCAAAAGCUCAAGACGAAUGGAUAUAGAAAAGAUUGUGCAAGAGCAACGAGCGUGAGCGAAAGGGCGAAGAGCGCACAGAGUGCAGAGGACGUCCAGUAUAUCCAGUACUCCGAGUUCAAUAGAAACAGAAACAAAAAGAAAGAAGGAAUCUGUAAGCGAUAUUACUGAGAUUGUUACUGUAUCUAGUACGCAUUAAAGAUCUAUAGACAGAAUAGAUCGCUCUGAUCGUUAAAAAAAUUGAUUUUUAUAUAAUAGAAUUCAUGCGUACAACAGAAAGGAAGUACCUCUGAGUAACACUCUUGGUCAUAUAUUGAAUUAUCUGAUUUUCAAAUGAAAUUUCUUUUAGUUAAAUAGGCGUUGCAUUUGCAAAAGGAAUAUGAUAUCGUGUGUAGAAUAUAGUAAUCCAAUGAUAACGAUUUUGAGCGUUUAUCACAAAAAUUGUACGAAAUAUCUUUUACAAAGCGUACACAGAGAAUAUAUCAGCGCACGAAAUAUUCCAAUAUUUUUAAUAUUUCUGUGUUUUAUAUAGAAGUAUCUAUAUAGAAAAUAUUUUUACUGUAGUCUAAGACGCCCAGGAGACUCCAAUCGAAAAUCACGGACCAGUAUAAUUAAAUCAUUUUAUUUUAACAUAUGCUACAUACUGAGCGAUUCAAAAAAUGAUACUAUAUUAUUUAUCUGGAUUAAUAUAUAACUUGAAUAUUUUACCAAAAAAUAAUUUAAGAUAGUUUUAGAAGCGUAUAGAAAAAAGUUACAAGGAUAUUGUCAGUCUGCAUAAUAUAAGCGAAUAUGUUCUAUUUCUCGAGACUUUAUGAAAUUUUUUAUAAAUCAGAAUAACAAUGGCGAGCGUCAAACUGAAUUCCAUAUAGUUAUUCUGACAUAUUCACUUCUGACAAAAAUGUACUUUAAAUAAAUUUGCAUCAUUGCAGCAUUAAAUAUUUAUGUUCGUUAUGUUUAUAUAAAUCGUAUCUAAAGAUCGACGUAAACAAAAUUGUAUUCCUGUUUCUUACUCCAUUAUGGAAACUACACGUAAAGAUUUUUAAACACACAUUUGAACUUGCAACAUAACUUGCAUCUGUUACGUUAAUACAUUUCAUUGGAUUACUAUAUUUUUUAUGAUGAAAUCUUUGUCUUCUUUGUGUUCAACGAAGAGAGCUCAUCUUCUGUUUGGAUAAGAAUGGAUAGACAUACAAAUAUGUGUGAAAAAUUGUCGAGCGAGAUGAGCUUCAGCUGUAAUUCUUGUAUAAAAUGUAAGAUCUUACGAUAUAUAUUAGCUUCUUGUAGAAAGGUGUAAAACACGAUCAGGUUGUAUAAUUUUGCCAAAAAUAUCAAUUUUGUAACGGUACAACACUUUGUUGGCAUUUAGAAUUCAAAAGUACUUCAGUCUUUAAGUGAUGAACUUCGAGACGAUGAAGUAAUGACAAACGAUAGCAUACGAGUACAAGAUAUUUAAAAAUAUGAGAGAAGGAUUCAUUCCACCUUCCUUAAAAUUUGAAAUGAUUCUACACGCAUUAUCUCAUAUCAACAAGAUAAUUUUUGAAACUGUUGCGUACUGAAUUCUAAUUCGAUUUUGUAUCUUUCGGACAUCACCCAUGCUGUACUUUAAUGCUUUAUAUCGGACAGAUAUAAUGUACACAAUAUGUAAUCGUAUCGAAUGUGCAAUAAGUUUCUUUGAGAGCGCUUUUUCGACUCGAUUAUUGAAAAUUGUCAUGACAUGUAAUUUAUAUAAAUAGCUAAUUAACGAUAGGGACAAAGAAUCUUUGAUAUAUUUGCGUUUUCGUUAGUAUUGACUUUGUUAGAGCGGUCGAGCUUGAUUGUGAAUACAAUUUCUCCACUGAUCGGUGCCAAUUUACCGGAACGUAAGACGACACUGGCGUUGGCGAAGAUAUUUUGUCGUUGUGUAAUUAAGUGAGGCACGGCUGCGUUUUUUUUCAUAAUUCUUCGUAACUUAUGUAAUUUAAUGGAUCUUAUAAUAUAUAUCUCCGAUUACAAUAAGAAGUUUCUUUCGAAUGAACUGAAACAUUCAGCGCGAUCGUGAGUAUGUCAGAAUCAUAGAUCCAUAAAUGUGUCAUGUUGUUCACAGCGAUUUUAUACUAACGAGUUUUAUUUGGUAAAUAGUUUUACUUUUAUAAAGAUAAAUAAAAGCGUUAAAUAAUAACCAAUGUACAUAUGACCGUGCUAAAGCUUAAGCUUUGAACGUCAUUGCGUAUGAAGUUUCUAUUAAUACACGUGAUUGUGCUGGUCUGCAAAUGAAGAAAAAGAAAAGAUACUA